AUGGGUCGUUUCAAAAGCAAUAAGAAGGGUAGGGUCAAUGUGAAGCCUAUAGUGAAGAAAAAUCAAGCGAAUGUUGAUCAUGUUACUGGUGAUAAGAUCCCAAAAAGUUUUGUUUUUUCAAGAAUGAAACUUCCUGGUCCUGUUAGACAACUUCAGAUGGAUUUGAGAAAGCUCAUGCUUCCCUACACUGCUCUCAGUCUUAAGGAGAAGAAGAGAAACACUUUAAGGGACUUUUUGAAUGUAUCAGGUCCGAUGGGUGUUACGCAUUUCCUUAUGCUAGCGAAAACAGCCUCUGCGUUGUCUCUAAGAGUAGCGAGAACACCGCAGGGACCGACUCUUACAUUCAAGAUUCAUCAGUAUUCCUUAGCAUCGGAUAUAGCUCAGUCACAGCUUCGGCCUAGAUGUCCUCAAGAUCUUUUCAAGAGCCCCCCUUUGAUUGUCCUUUCUGGAUUCGGUAGUCAGGAGCUGCAUCUUAAGCUAGCAACGAUUAUGUUUCAGAACAUAUUCCCAGCUAUCGAUAUCAACACUGUCAAGCUCUCCACAUGCCAGAGAUUAGUACUCUUGAACUACAAUAAAGAUACAAAACUCAUUGAUUUCCGGCAUUAUUCUAUAAGGCUUCAGCCUGUAGGAGUGUCUCGUAGGAUCAGAAAGUUUGUUCAAAAUCAUCAGGUCCCUGAUCUUAGGAAUCUGCAGGAUGUUAGUGAUUUUGUCACCAAGGCUGGUUAUGGAUCAGAGAGCGAAGGAGAUGAAGAAGCGGCAACAGUGACACUAUCAUCUGAUCUGGGCCGAGUUAACCGGAGUUCCACUAAGAGUGCAGUGAAACUGCAAGAAAUUGGACCAAGAAUGACUAUGCAGCUUGUUAAAGUGGAGGAAGGAUUGUGUUCAGGAGGAAUCAUAUUCAGUGAAUAUGGUAAAAGUUGUUAA